AUGCCACGCUUUGCACCCUCAGAGUUCAACUUUGGAAGAUACUUGUCGUAUCGGAUGGAGGAGCUUGGUGUGAAGCACUUCUUCACAGUGCCUGGCGACUCCGCCCUACUACUCCUGGAAACUCUACUGGAAAACAAAAACAUGAACAUGGUGGGAUGUUGCAAUGAGCUGAACACGGGCUACGCAGCAGACGGAUAUGCCCGGGCCUCAAACAAUCGCGUCGCCGUUGCAGUCGUGCCUUACAUCGUGGGCGGCCUCUCUGCUCUGAACGCGAUCGCUGGAGCAUACUCCGAGCACCUGCGCGUCAUAGUCAUUUCUGGAUGCCCAGACGCCCGUUUUCUGUCAGCAGACAAGCAACUCCUCCAUCACACCCCCAGCAAUGAGAAGAAAGACCUGGGGCUUCAUGCGUACCGCGAGGUCACAGCCGCGGCUGUCCGCGUGUCUAAUAUCGAGACAGCACUAGAUGUCCUGGAUGAUACGCUGUUGACAUGUCUCCGGGAGUCGCGGCCGGUGUACAUCGAGGUGGCAAAUGACCUGGCGCACACACCGUGCCUCGCGCCUGGCCAACGGCCAACACCUCUAACGUCGAAGAUGCUUCCCAUAAUGCCGGUGAUGAACCAGUCCGUUGUUGAAGCGAUCACGCAGACUUGGAAGGCUGCGAAGAAUCCAGUGCUUCUAAUUGGCGGCCUAGCUCGCUUGAGUUGUUCGCAGUCUGCCAUCCUGUAUCUCGCAGAGAAGCUCGGUUGCGCUGUGUUCGUACACCCCGACGCGAGAAUCUUCCCCGAGUCACACCGCCAGUUCGCAGGGUGUCUGUGGCCGACUGUGGUCAAUUUCGAAGCGGAAAAGGUAUUCCGCGAAUCUGAUCUUUGGGUUGUGUUGGGUGGUCGGUGGAGUGAUAUUCAAAUGCUUGGGUCGAUUAACUUGGGCAAGGAAGCUCACCGGAUGAUCGACCUCCAGCACAACAGUGCAAGGCUACCGAACGGGCUGCAGGGUAGCAUUGACCUAAACUUGCUGGUUUCCGAGCUUAUCAAGUCGGAUAUCGCCUCAAAUGACCGAACAGUCCGGGAAUUGGCAGGUCUCAGAAACCCAGAUGGCACGUCCUCUGAACCACCUGCAGUCACCAUAACCAUCAGUUCGCCCGAGUCGCCGGUGACUCUCGCUAGUGUCGUGGAUGGUAUCCAGCAGCUGCUGAGUGAGAAAGACACAUUGGUAGUCGAUACGGGUGAAACCUGGUUCACCUCCCAGGACGUCAGCCUUCCCUCUGGAUGCUACUACCAAACACAGGUAGUCUACGCAUCCAUUGGCUGGGGGUUGCCUGCGGGCCUUGGAUGUCAACUGGCUCGUCCCGAAGGACGAACGAUUAUCAUGAUUGGAGAUGGUGCAUUUCAAAUGACAGCCCAGGAACUAAGCACGAUCGUCCGCAUGAAGACUAACCCUAUUGUGUUUAUCUUCAACAAUCUCGGGUAUCGCACAGAGGUUGUGAUCAACGAUGGGCCCUAUAAUUAUAUUGCGAACUGGAACUACGCCAGCUUAGCUCGAACGGUCUCCAACCAGUCCCAUUGUCCGAACCACAACCCUUGGGAAGAGCAGGAAGCGGUCAAUCCAGAUGCCGGCGUUAUUUCCAUGCAGAUACAUACACUUGAUGACUUGGGAUAUGGCUUGGAGAGGGCCGCGAAGGAGACAUCAAAGCUGGUUCUCUUCGAAUGCUGCAUCCGCCCGGACGAUAUCAAUCCGGCCUUGCGACGUUUAGGCGUGCGAUUCAGCGGGAAAGAGCAGGCCCAGGGCCGCGAAUCCGGUGAGGUCUGCGGGACUGUUGAGUCGUCUCUUGGGCAGAAUGAACAGCUGAGAGCUCCUGAUGGCAACAUGCACUCAACUCUCGCCAGGCCUGACACCCCGAUAUUGAGGGUCAAGAGCCCCAGAUGUGUACCAAGGCCCUCAGUGAAGCGGCCUGCGCGUGAGGGGCCACAUCCGAUGGUAAGCUGA